AUGUGGCAAACCCCAAAUAAUAUUAAGGGGGGGAAAGAGACCCCCAAAUCGGUGGGGGGUGUAAAGGGCAUAGAGUCAUUAAUUCAUUUAAAAAGCAGUUUGGAUGAAAAUGAAGAAAAUAAUAUAAACCUUCAUCACCACCAUCAAAACGAGGAGUAUGAUAUGAAUAGCAGCGGCAUUAUUCAUUUAGGUAGCGAAAACAUUGAUCACCACCAUCACCAACACUAUGGGGAUAAUAUACACAGCAAUGGUUAUAAUGAAAAUGAUCAUAUGGGAAAUCAUCAUCACCAUCAUCAACAUCCACAUCAACAUCAACAUCAUCAACAUCAACAUCAUCAACAUCAACACCAAAGUCAACACCAUCACGAAAAUGAAGAAUAUCAACACCACCAUCAUAAUAAUGGUCAUCAACACCAACAACUCCAACCAACACUACAACAACAAUCACCAUUAAUAAUUCACUUACAACAAAAUGAUGAUAUUGAGACCAUUGCACCAGAAGAUCACCAUCAUCACCAACAGGCAUAUAAUCUUGAACAAAUUGAUCAUGGUCAUCAAGAAGAUCCAACUACAGUUAUACCUACUUUAGGUAAAGGUCAAAGAAAAAGAUCAUCAAGUACGCUUAAUAAUAACAAUAAUAAUAUGAAUAGUAAUAAUAAUAAUAAUCAUCAUCAUCAUCAUCAUCAUCAUAUGAACAAUAAUAACAUGAGUAAUAAUAAUAAUAAUAAUAAUAGCAAUAAUAAUAAUAAUAAUAAUAACAAUAACAAUAACAAUAAUAAUAGUAAUCAAUAUAAAAAUAUGGAUCAGCAUUAUAGAAAUAAACAACCAAAAUUAAGAUUUUAUAAAAAGAAAGAGGACAUAAACCAUCCAAUAUAUAGCUCAUACGAUCAGGCUUAUCACCAACAGCAACAGCAACAGCAAUCACCAAUCAUCCAUUUACAACAACAUGAAGAAAUCGAAGAAAUUCAUCAUCAUAACUAUGAUAAUUAUCAUAUGCAUCAUCACCACAAUCAUCAUGGCCAAGAUUCAAUGAUAGAAGGUCAACAAAAUAUGGGCUUAGAAGAUCCAAAUAUGCCAAUGCAACCAAUUAUUCAUUUACAAGCAUCAUCCGCUCCAUCAUCGCCAAAUCAACAAUCAACAAUUAUGUUAUCAGCUAAUAGUAUAAUUGAGUUAGGUGGCCAUAGUGAUAUGAUGAUGGACGAUAAUUCUCAUCAUCACCACCGUCAUCAUGAUAUGGAAAUGAUGGAUCAUCACCACCACCAUCAUCACCAUCACCAAUCACAACAAUCACAUCACCACCAAAACGAGUCAACUUCUGCAUCAUCUUCAAUUUCGACAGGUACAACAUCAUCCAAAGAUUUAAGUAAUACUACCAAUAGCUCAUCAUCCUCAUCUAAAGAUUCAGCUCCAGUUAAAAGCCGUACACCAAAUGCUAUCAAACAAAAGAAAUAUAGAGAUGGUUUAAAAAAGAAACAAGAAGAGCAUGAAAAAAAAUUACACGACUUAGAGGUUGAAGUAUUGUUCUUAAGAAAAGAGGUUGAAAGAUACAAAUUAAUUGAACAACAAAGAAAUAUUUAUGCUAAAGAAUUAUUAAAAAUUAAAGGUUCCGAUGGUCUUAAUGAAUUAAAUACAGAGCUUUAUCAAACAACCACUACCACAACAACAACCACUACCACAACAACACUUGUACAUUCAGAUCCACAACAAACAAAAGAAAAUUUAAAUAGUAUAAUUAAUAGCAGCCAUGAUUAUAAUCAAUUAUAUAGCCUAACAGAAAAUGAUUUAAGCUACAUCGAAUCCUUACCAAAUACAUUUAGUUUUAAAGAAGUUAUAGAGUCCUUAAGAGAAAAAAGAAAAAAUAAUUUAAUACCCGACGAAGAAGAAGAAUUUGAUGAUAAAAAUAAAUUAAAUAGUAAUCAUAAUGAAAAUAGUAUAGAUAAUAAAGAUAAAGAAAAUAUAGAAAUAGAUAAUAAAGAAAUCACAGAAUUAAAAGAAAAUAAAGAUAGCUAUAGUGAAGAAAAUAUAAAAGAUAAUAGUAUUAAUAGCAACAAUAAUAAUAGUAAUAAUAUAAAGGAAAGUAAUGAACCAAUUUUAACAAAGAAACCAAAAAUAGAAUGUAGUGGUAUUAGUGACGAGUUGUUUUCAAGUUUCUUUUAUAAUAAAAAGGAAUUUUUCCCAGUUUUUAGUGAAACAACCAUUGUAAAUUUAGGAGACGAUAUUCUAGUUUGUACUAGAGCAUUUGAAUGUAAAACUUUUUCCCAACAUGGUGUAUGUUUUAAAUGUGGGGAGGUUAGAAGACAGUUUAUUUUAAAAAGAGAACAAGAAAAUCAUAUAGAGCAUCUGCAACAUCCACAACCAAAUCAAUAUGAAGGUCAAAUAAUACAAACCACCUCAUCACCACAAACAGUACCAGUAGUUAGUAAUACCAAUAAUACUAAUAACACCAAUAAUAAUAAUAAUCAUAAUAAUCAUAAUAAUCAUAAUAAUCAUAAUAGUCAUAAUAAUAUUAAUAAUAUUAAUAAUAUUAAUAAUAAUCAUAAUAAUAUCAAUAAUAAUCAUAAUAAUAUCAAUAAUAAUAAUAUUAAUAAUAUAAAUAAUAUAAAUAACAACAUCACAAAUAGUAAAGAAGUUUCAAAUAAUAAAGAAAAUAGUGGCUCAAAUAAUGCUCUUACUAGUUCACCAAGCAGUACCUCGACCAGCACAUCAAGUAGCACCAAAGGUAGAAAAAGACAAAAGAGAAGUAAGGAGGAUAAAGAACCUCCAUCUCCUCAGCCAAUACCUACAGUCUCAACAUCCAAAAGCGGAAGAAAAAGAACAUCAAGACUUUCCUUAUCCACCGAUCAUUUAUUAAGUAGCAGCGAUAAUCAGUCUCCUUAA